UGUGGCUCAAGCAGCCUUCAAUGGCCACAACCUCUGACCCCAGCGUUUCACCCAAAGUCUCACUUGGAGCAGAGGUAGAAACGAAGAAUUUCGACGCAAAGGCAGUGCCAAAUUACAUCUCUACUGCGCCCAGGUCCAACUUGGCCAGCUUUGGCGCCUCGGAAAUCUUCGAGGAUCUGGACGCUGAAGCAUCUGUCCGUGCAUCCCCGCUUGGGAUCGUCACUAGCGGAUGUGGUCGGCAUUGGUCGCUGAAGGCAGAUAUAGAGGUAGAAGAUGUGACCGUGUCAUCGCAAUACUACGACGCGUUCCUAAGUCAUGAGUGGGGCAGCUCGGGCUUUCUGAAGGUUUUGACUAUAUUGAUGAUCUACAACUUGCGUGCAGCUACCGCAUUCACUUUGCUGUCAAGCCUUCUCUUCGGCGUGCUGCGCGUCUACGAGAUUUUGCCGGACGACGAAAGCACAGUCGUCCUGGGCCACGGCGUCUUCUUUUUCGUGAUAACUUUUUGGCAGCGAAUCAGGGAAUGCUUCAAGAAGCCUCACCUCUUCUUUGUCGACAAGCUUUGUAUUGAACAGAAGGACGCCAAAGCCAAAGCGCAAGGUAUUUUGAGCCUAGCGGCCUACUUGAAGCGAUCCAAGUCGCUCUUGAUUCUGUGGUCGCCGCAGUACUUCCAGAGGCUUUGGUGCACGUUUGAGCUGGUUUCAUUUCUUCGAGAGCAGGAUGUAGGUGUACGGAUCAUGCCUGUGAAGAUGGUGGUGCUGCUGGUGCACUUGAACUUGACGUGGCAGCUCUGUCGGGUGACAUUGAAAAUUCUAAACUCUGCUUCGGCUGUUCAAGACAACAUUAGAGAGGUGACCUCAUUCUUCCUGGUCCUGACCAUUUUGGGGGCAGUGGUUUUGCCAGUAUACCACUGGCUGGGUCUUUGGAUGAUGACUGACAUCCAACGCUUGCCACAGCAACUCCAUACCUUCAAGAUUCAAGAUUCCAAGUGCACAUGCUGCAGCAUUGAUCACAAGGAUCCGCAGACUGGUGAGCCGAUUGCUUGCGACCGGAAACUCGUUGCUUUG